AUGGCCAAAUUGAUUCUCGUUUCACUUUUAAUAACUUUUACUGUAGCCGAGAUCCGGACAAGUAUCUCGGAGGUGGAGAAAACGUUGCGACCCCAACUUGACGCAUACAAAGAGGCGGUUUACUCAAAAAAUUUCAAAAAAGUCGUCGACUUCUACCACUCAAGCGCUGUGUUGGUGGAAACGGGGAAAGCCGUGUACCAUACACCAGAAAAAAUCGUUGACGCAAUCCAGAAAUACUACACGGAGACGGGAGUGAACGUGAAAGCGCAAAGUUUGAUCGAUUCGGAGGAGUUCUCGGGUGGCGGGAAAAUUCUCUCGUACAGCAACAAAUGGACGAUGCAUAAUUCGAAUGAAAUCCUCAAAGGACCCUACUUUCAGAUCUGGGUUUUAAACGACGAAAAUCAAUGGAAGAUUUAUCAUGAUGAAUUCUCGAUUGCUGAAAGAAUUUCAAAAACGAAA